AUGAGCAUUGUAUUUCUGAAGACCGAGUUGGAGACCCUGGCCAGUCUCGCCAAGAAACGCAAUGUCCACUUGCAGCAGGCAAUCGAGGAGUCGCUGCGAAUCGCUGAGGUGGUCGGCGACGACGCUGACCUGGCCAAACUUCGAGACUUUCCCAGCUUCGUGACGCCGUUUUUCAUGGCGUGCUCGGCGGCAAAUGCCAAGUCGUGCGCGUCCGCUUUGCAAUGUUUGCAAACUAUGGCUAUUGCCAGCGCCAUUGCCCCAGAACGGUUGAGCGACUUGCUCCAGUCCCUGCUGGAGGCCGCUCAGCUGGGCAUUGGCAUCCAACUCAAGAUCCUCCAGCUGCUGCCAAUGAUGCUGCAGUCCUAUGCCGCGGAAAUAAACGGAAAUCUCGUGGUUGAACUGCUCAGAGUGUGUGCCGAGCUACAGGGGACAAACAAACUGGGGGUCGUGCAUAAUACCGCGUAUGCUACUUUGCAGCAGCUCAUUACCACGCUUUUCGAUAGAAUUGGGAAACUGCAUGGCGAAGAAGUCACAGUGGACGUUUGUGGCUCGUCCUAUACGGUAGACAGCCUUGUGAGAGACUGCGUACUUAUUCUCGACGAUCUCUGUGAUGUCGCCGAGGGCGGCCAGCCCAAAUUCUGUAAAUUCGGCACGCUGCCGCUGAGCUUUACGUUGGAAUUUCUCGAACUCACUCUCACCAACCACGCCCAGGUUUUCCACACCUACAAAGUGUUUUCUGUGAUCCUCCGCCAACGCAUCAGCCAGCUGUUGAUUCGUUUGUUCAAAGAAACACCCGAGUUUUCCAUUACUCUGCGAACUGUCCGCAUUUUUUACCUCCUGAUUCGCAGGCAUCUCAAAAUCAUCUCUGCCGAAGCGGAAAUCCUCAUCUCGCUUUUGACAAAUACCAUCCCUGCUGAUAACCCCACUUGGAAACGUGUACUGUGCCUAGAAGUGUUCCAGGGUGUAUUUCUAGAAAUCUCGCUUGUGUAUCAGAUUUAUGAGCUUUAUGAUGCGCAACAACGUCUAGGUCUCGAAAACCUUUUGCAAACACUUUCGUCUGCAUUGGCUUCGGGCCAGCUUAGACUAAACACCGACAAAAAUGUUCAAGAGCUUUCAAAGCAGGCUACAAUGCGCGUACCGUGCAUUGAUCUUCUUGAUAAGGCUGAACCUCCUCGAGUUCCGCCCUUGUACCUGGACUAUCUGACCCUUGUUUGUGCUACUUCUUUAGCGGAUGGCUUAAACCGCUUAGCUGUGCGUCGCACUGAUGAGGAAGGCGAUCACGAGCAUCUUCCUGGUCUCUACAAUACAGUAUCUCUACCCUUAUUGAACUCGUUCACUAUUUUACUUGGCGCUGCUAUGGACUUGGAGCUCUACCGUCAAGUUGUUCGAAGCGUCCAGCGUUUGGCCCAUUCAGCUGGUAUUCUGGAAUUUGGCUCGAUCAGAGACGACUAUAUGAAACUGCUGGCACAGUUUGGCCACUUUUCGAGCGACAAAUCUCAACUCCCACGAAGUAUUCUUUGUAUUCGUGCCCUUUUCAAUGUUGGAUACGCUUUAGGAAAUCAGCUGGGAACAUCCUGGUCCAUUAUCGUUCGAUUCAUUGAGGAAAUUGCCGCGGAAACUGGUAUUGAAGAGUCGACUGCCGCCAGACUUCUCGCCGUUGACGAGGAAUCCGAAGGACCAAUCGAGGCUUCUUUACGACGACUGAUCGAUCAAAGUAAUGACUUUAACGAUCAAGCAUUCAUUGACUUCUUAACGGCAUUGAGCAACAAUAUGGAACAGAUAGAUCUCGCAGUGUUCCAUGCUCUAUGUCUAGCAAACGUCAACCGACUGGCGGUUGCAGGCAAACCCUGGGAUGCUGCCACGUCAAAGUUACUUGAUCUGAACCAUAAACAGGGUCCACUGAGAAGAAAAUCAGCCGCUGUUCUCGACCAUGUUGUACUUUCAACAAUGAAGUUCGCAGACGACCCCAAGGCCCAUCGGGCUGUAAUCACGGCAAUUUCCCGCCAAGCAAAUGUUCCUACUGAUCAGAACGAUGCUGAUGCAAUUGCUGUUCAGGUUGCAGCGAUUAAUGCAUUAAAUCAGCUUCUUGAUCAAUACGGCAGCAAACUUGAGGCUGGCUGGGAGGAAGUGUUUCAAGUUAUUUCUUCUGGCCUCCGCCCAGAAGCCGGAAGUGAAGCAGUUGAGCUUGUCAAAGGAUCUUUCCAGUCCUUGGAGUUGGUCUGCUCGGACUUUCUCGAGAUUAUCCCUUAUCCAUGUGUUGUGGAUCUCACGCUUUGUUUAGAUAGGUUUGCCCGUCAAACCUUGGACCUAAACACUGCCUUCACAGCCACAUCGAGAUUUUGGGCCGUUUGUGACCAUUUGAUGACCGAACCUGAUGAAACUUUCCCUGCAGUUGCCACAGUAGAACAGUUGUUGGCAAUGUCUAGAGAGGGUGCCCAUAAAAAAGUGGCGUUGUGGAUGCUUGCCCAAAUCAAGCUGGGCCAAAUUGCCAACGAGCCCCAACAUCAAAUUAAAACUGGUGCUAUUCAAAUCUUUUUCAGACUGUUUGAAGCUCAUGGCGGAAAUCUGUCUCUAGGCGCUUGGGAAACCUGUCAGAAACUCGUUUUCGAUGUCGUUAUGACAGUGGCUGCUGAUGAGAAGCCUACAGAACGCGACGAAACACUUGGUCUAAUCGUCUCAGGUUUAGGAUCAUUAUGGACAUCAAGUUUGGAACAGUUUAUUAAAUCCGAGGAUUUCGAGAUUUAUUGGAGUAAGCUUAUGAAUUACUUCAACCAAGUAUCUGCCAUUUCUCCUGUAAUUGCCCUUGCAGUUUACAGGGCAGUUAGUACAUUGUUGGAAUCAGAUUAUGCCAAAAAACUUGCCCCAAAGCCUAUCUGGAAAUUGUGGGUUUCACAGAAUACUAGCCCGGCGGCGCAGCCCGAGAGGGUUGCGGUGCAAUCACUCCAGGAGCUCGUGGGGCUGUAUACUUUACUUACAAGCGUUUACCAAUUGACAAUUGCGGAGGAGGAGCAGGCUAUUACAUUGCUGGCCAAUUGUGCACAAUAUCCACAUGCAGGAUCCAUCGUAUCAAAGGACCAGCUGACGCCAUUGCAACAGGCUUCAAUGGAUCAGUUAACCAAGUUCGACGUGAGUACCCAACCUUUAGCUGUUCGGCUCGUUCAGGUCAUGUCGAAGCUCUCCCGGUUGGCUUACUCCGAUGAGACCACCAACCCGCCGCUUUUCAGGAACCUUUCUGCGUCUGCUCAGAGCUACCUUCUGGAGCUACUCAAUUCAUCGAGCUUAUUUGAUGUGUUGGACCCCCAAACGGCAUUGUCGACUAUGCAGUCUGCUGUCAUGCUUUUAGAAAAUGCCUCUGAAAGAGAACAGGCCGUAGAGGCAUUUCUGAGAUUGGUACCAAAAUGCGUUCAAGUAACACCUAAAGAAGCAUACCCAUUAGCUGUUCAAGGUGGAAAGUCUAUUCUUGAAGGUGGUAGAUCCAGCGAAGAAAUCAAAGAUAUUUUAAGUGCCAAAAGAUAUAUUUCCAUCGUGGAAUCUAUCGAUGUCCAGGACCUUUCGGCGCCCCUUCUGAAAUGCUUGUUGGUUAACUCAUUGAGUUAUGAGCGCUCUAUUUACAGUCGCAGCUACUUUGAGGAGCUCGUGGCAGACGACGACCCAAUUCAAGAGCAAGGCACGCUGAACGGAGAAAAUGAAGCCACGGAGCUGAGUCUGCAUGGAACUAUUGAACCGGCCAAGACUCAUUUCCGACCAGAGAUGGCCUAUUUCUGUUUGGAGACGUUACAUCGCCUAGCAAACUCCGCAUUCAGCGGGCAUCUCGGCGCGUCUAGGUACCACUCAUUACGAGCUCGCAUGGUACUGAGUCAGUACGUGGGUGACGCGGUGUUACGAGGUAGAGAGCCAAUGGUUAAGGUGUUGAGACGUGAGCUCUUGUUCAUUCUACACCAGCUUAGUGACCGGCCACAGCAUCAGGAUUUGCUUUAUAGAUGCAUCUCUUGUGGCGACCCGGCCGUGCUUGAGAUCGUUGAACAGAUCCUGCGCAAGUAA